UACAAACCAGUACAGGCUUUCAGGAAGCUGUCAGAACAAGACACUUUUGGAAGUGUAGAGGAGAGCAAGCAUCCAUUUUCUCUGGAUUUUGUCUUGUACAGUUCUACAGGUAGUUUCAUAAACCUAUAAAAAGAAAGAAAGUUCUGCUCAUAGACCUAUAGGAAAGACUCUGACCAUGUUGAGUUCACCAUCCCCGAUGAAGACGGCUUUAGCGUCGGAAGUCUUUGUGUGGCAAAAUGAAUCUUCCCUGGCAUUGCCCUCAGACAUGCAUGUGAGAAGUGGGACGAGCAGAGACCAACGGGUCAAAGAACAAGUCUUGAUGACCGUCAAGAGGCAAAAGCCAAGAUCUUCUCAGUCUUCUACAAUGAAUCAUGGGAAUAGAGCUUCCGCAUAUGAAACCCUGGAAGAUUCUUACAAUAUGAAUCGUAACAGUUCAGGUGCAGGCAAUCAGUAUUCUAAGUACCAGAGUGGAAGCAGCUGGGGGUACCAGCCUCCGUCUCAGUAUAAUGGCACUUUAAAGAAGGAAACCAAGCGCUUUAGCUCACAAAGUCAAUUUGACAACUGGGGUCGACAGCAAUUCAUGUCCGUAGGAGCCCCUACCAGUCCAGGAAGUGACUAUGGCUAUAUGCAAACCCUUAAAAGCAGUCGAAGUGAGCCAGACCUCACAGGUCCCAGUAUAAGACCCACCCAGCGCCGCCAGACCAUCUAUAAUGCUCAGUACCAGAAUCCACAGCAACAACAACAACAACAACAACGCCGUUCUGGAAGAGGAGGUACCAAUAACUCAAGUUUCUAUAGUCAGCAAAGCUCACAGUGGAAGACAGCAAACAUGCCAGCACGCACACCAUCUUCCAUCUCGACUGGACAACGUCAGCCACUUUACUCCACUAUGCAGAGAUAUGAAUCCGGGUGUGCUCAGAAGCAGGAAACCUAUGCACCUCCACAAAUGCCAUCCAGGAUGGAUUCCCGUGAUGAAUUUGAUGGAACAUCUAUGACCAUAGAAAAGGCAGUGGAACUUCUAUCCUAUGACAAAUACCAGACUUCUGGAGCAAACUAUAUACAACAUACAUGCUAUCAAGAUGAGAAUGCUAAGAAUGUGGUAUACCAGCACAAUGGAAUCCCGAAGCUAAUCGCUUUGUUAGACAACCCCAAUCAAAAUGUACAGCAAGCAGCAGCUGGUGCACUAAGGAAUCUUGUCUUCAAGAAUAACCCAAAUAAACUUGAAACAAGUCAGAAAGGAGGUGUCCGUGCAGCUGUCAACCUUUUGAGGAAGACUUCCAAUGAAGAAACUCAGAAACAACUAACAGGUCUUUUGUGGAAUUUAUCUUCUACAGACCAACUUAAAGAGGAACUUGUUAGGGAAGCUCUCCCUGUCCUGAAUGAAUGUGUAGUGAUUCCAUUCUCUGGCUGGACAGAGAAUUCAGUGCCUGGUCAGAAAAGUAACAUGCAUCCUGAAAUAUUUUUCAAUGCCACUGGGUGUUUAAGGAAUCUUAGUUCAGCAGAGGUUGGACGUCAAACCAUGCGUAACACCCCAGGGUUGGUGGAGUCUCUGAUGUAUUACAUCCAGAAACAAGUUGCAAAUAACAACCCAGACGAUAAGUCAGUGGAGAACUGUGCCUGUAUUCUGCACAAUCUCUCUUACCAUUUGGAUUCGGAGGUGCCCAAUAAGUAUUCCCAGCUGAAUGAGCAAAUGUUGCGCAACCAACAAACAGACAAAACAUCCACUGGCUGUUUCAGCAAUAAGAGUGAGAAGAUACAGAAUAAUAACUUUGACCUGCCACUUCCAGAAGAGGAUGUUAAUCCUAAAGGAUCUGCUCUGCUGUCUCACUCCAGCGCUAUAAAGACAUACCUGUCUCUUCUGGGGCAGAGUAAGAAGGACUCCAUACUGGAAGCAAGUGCUGGAGCUCUUCAGAACCUCACUGCAAGCAAGGGGCCGAUGUCUAAUGGGAUGAGUCAGAUUAUUGGUGUGAAAGAAAAUGGACUUUCGCAAAUUACACGAUUGCUUCAAUCCGGAAAUUCGGAUGUAGUAAAAACAGGAGCAUCUCUGCUAAGCAAUAUGUCUCGCCAUCCAUCUCUUCACAGAAGCAUGGGUACUCAGGUGCUUCCAGAUGUUUCUCGCCUCCUGUCCCAAACCUCUACAAGUGCAACAAACUCAGAAGAUAUCAUGUCAUCAGCCUGUUAUACCAUGAGAAAUCUUGUUAUGUCACAGCCUCAAUUGGCAAAGCAGAACCUUUCUACCAACCUAGUGGGAAAUUUGGUCAACAUGUGUAAGAGUGGAGCUUCACCCAAAGCUGCGGAAGCCGCUCGUCUUUUCCUGACAGAUAUGUGGUCCCAAAGAGAGCUGCAAGGAAUACUUAAACAGCAAGGACUGGAUAAGAGUUUCAUGGGAUCACUAGCAAGUUCUGCUCUUCGAAACACAGUUUCACGGGUUUUUUAAUUCACAUUUAAAGGACAUCCUAUCUGUGAGCAGAUUGCCAUUCGUUUCAACUGUUGCACAGAACUGAGACUUGUACUGAGUAAUCUGCAGAAGUACUGGGGUGAUGAAAAGACAAGCCUCCUCCUUAAGAAACGUCCAAAAAAUUGCCUUUGGAUAACAUAUAUUUUUUUAAUGCCACACUUUACUUUGGGACGUGAUCUGCAAACUGGGACUUUUUUUUACAGACAUUAAAACAAAUUGAAAAGGUCAAAGAUUGUCAGGGGCUCCCAUAGUAUGUUACAGCCAACGCUUUUUAAAUAUUAUUCAGCAAUAGGCUGCAUUUACAUGGGUUUUAAAAUAUAUGUACAUAUUUUAGCUUUUUUUUUUUUUGUCAUAUUUGUAUAGUUGCAAUAUGGGAUGGGUCUGAUGAAAUCAUGACUUGUGCCACUACCAAAACAAUAUACCAACACAGGGUCUUUUAUGAAUGCUAAUGUCUUCUGACGUAAAAUCUUGUUUUGCUCUGUAAUCAAGCAAACUCCCAAGUAGCAGUGUGGUCCUUGGCUUUUAAAAGAGAGCCACACCUGCAUUUACUUCUCUUCAAACUCCAAUCUUACCUUUUACCUUCAACGUCACAUUAUCUUUUAGUUAAUGAGGUGGAGGGACAUUGUAACUGUCAGAUGAACUGUACAGAAUUGCUUAUUGGUGAACUACAUGUAGGCACAUUGUUCAGGCUAAACAGGAUUCAUCAAGGGAUGCACUUAGUCCAAACUCCAUUGGAAA